ACGAAUGUGAUAUAACCUAUAAAAGACCAAUCGUGUUGUGUUGGCAGACAUCAGUCUUCCAGAUUGCGAAGAUGAGCGAGGCGAAGGCUCCAGCGACGUCCAUGUCGGACGCUGCCUACGCCUUCGAUGAAGAGGUACUCAAGGAUGUGCGCAACAAUAAGGUGUGGAUGCAGGACCCCAAGUACUUCAAGAAGGUGAUUGUGUCGCCUGCCGCCACCAUGAAGAUGCUCAACCACGCCAACUCGGGAGUGGAGAAAGGCAUCAAGGCCGGUGGAAAGCCCGUGGAAAUCAUGGGACUUAUAAUGGGACGUCCGUCUACUGGAACUGACAGAGACGCUGGAGAUGCCCACACGCUCGUGGUCACCGAUUGCUUCCCACUGCCCAUUGAGGGCGCUGAGACGCGUGUGCUUGCAGACGACGCCGAGGUUAUUAACUACAUGAUCUCGCUGGGCGAGGCUGUGGAGCAGACCCGGAAAGAAAAGUUUAUGGGAUGGUACCAUAGCCACCCGUUCGACGUCGAGGUGCACAGCCACUGCUUUCUUUCUGCCACGGACGUGAGCACGCAGCUACAGUGGCAGCGCUCAGAAGAUCCGCACGGCAAUCCGUGGCUUGCUAUUGUAUUGGAUCCGCUGCGCUCGCUGGCCAAGAAGCGCCCGGAGAUGGGAGCUUUCCGCGUGUAUCCGCCGGAAUUUGCUGCCCCUGUGAACGAGACUCCCGAUGGAACAAUUGUCACGGACGAGAGUGCGAGACUCGAGCGCUGGGGUAACUGCUGGAACCGCUACUACACGCUGGAGAUCGACUACUUUAUGAGCUCUCUUGGUUCCCAGGUUGUCAGUGUUCUAUCAGAAGAAUUUCUAUGGAUGCGUACGCUGAGCUCCAACACGAUGCAGGAGCGCGAGAACCGCGACCGCUUCUCGGAGCGAAUUCAGCUGCUGGCGAACAAACUGGAUGGCUGCGAGGCUCAUUUAAUGCCCCGUGUCGGUCGCAGCGCGUCACGCAUUGGUGAGUAUUAUGUGCCGGAAAAGCAGCAGUCGCACAAGGAAGCUGAGGAGUCGGCGCUCGACAAGAUCACUCAAGCAGCGAACGAACUCGCCAUUGAGAACUCACUCGGGCAGGAGCUGCAGGUCACCAAGAAGGCUCUCUUCAAUGACAAGAAAUGAGUUGCGCUGCCACUCUCCGUAUAAAGGUAGCACAAGGUAAUAAACAUGGACUGCGUGGAUUA